AACCUUCACAUAUUGACAGAUUCACAUUCAUCAAUAAUAGUGAACAUCUCAAUGUUGAAUUGUUGAUUAAGAACUUCAAGAAUGUGAUAAUGAAGAAAUUAUCUAUGUUAUAUAUAACUAAGUCUUCUAUAUUCUUCUCUGUCUUCUCUAUUUCUUUCUCUGUCACUCUCUCUCAAUCUUCUACACCUGUCUCUGUGUCUGAUUCUCUCACUUCUGCUACUUCUGUUCCUGUGAUUCUCACUCUCACUACUUCUGCUCUCUCUGAUUCUGUCAUCUCUGCUUUCAUUAUCAGCUCUUCUCAUUUCAAGAAGAUAUUGUGUAGACUUAAUGAAUCAUAUUUCUCAAGAAUCACUUCUCUCUUCAACAGUGUUAAGAUUAUAAAGAAUAUUCAUAUUUUCAGAAAUGAGAACACAGAUAUUGUACUCUUUUACACUUACAGAUAUAAGGCUCAUACACUCUGUCUGAAAUGUUAUCAUGAGAAUGAGCUGUUUGUAUACUGUAUUCUGCUUCCUGCAUUUCUCUGUAUUCUUCUCUGUCUUUCUGAGAAGCCUUGUGUGUGUUUUACUCUGACAUCAGAGAUCAUUCUAAUUGAAGAUGACUAUGUCACUGAGACUAUUCUCUUCUACUCUCAAGCUUCUCUCAUCACUUUCUCUCUCUUCUCUGCAGAGAAGGUUGUGUGCAUAUCAGAUCAUAAGCAUUCAGCUCUGA